AUGGCAGCAAUGAAGACCCCAUCAAUGUCUCUCCUACGGCUCUUCUCGCCCGCGAUACGAUCAGACACACUACCAUGGACAGCACGAGGAUGUCUGGCGCAAACACAGCAGCAGACCGCACACUUUUCCAGCACAUCACAGCUCCAAAAGAGGAAUCAAGGCGGCGUCAAGAAGGAUCCCAGGAUUGUCCAAAUCCGGUACCACCUCCAACACCCCCUAACCCCCCGCCCGCUCCGCUUCUCACGCAACCGCGCCCUCCGCCACUGGACCAUCCACCGCGCAUGGCACCGCUUCCAGGACACCCUGCGCACGAAUCGUGAACGCGAGCUGGAACGUCAGUACAAUAGUAUGUACUACGCGUGCGAAGAGCUGCGGAAGAUAGACGAUCGGGGGAUGACAGCGGAGGAGCGGGAGAGAGUAGGGAUAGAGGGAGAUAGCAAGGAGAUGGGAAGACUGUAUAGAAUCGCGAUGAUGAAGAAUGAAAUUUGGGAUGAGGUGCCGAUUGAGUAUGCGAGGAUACAGACGGAGACGCCGCCAAGGGGUGGGUGGAACGAGGCAUGGACGAAGUGA